UGGAAAAAGAUUUUAAAGCUUUAGAAGGACUCACAGGUAAUAAUAUAUUUUCCUUAUAUAUUAUAAGGUUGGUGUUGGUCGCAUAAAAUAAAAAAGUGCAUGAAAAUUCAAAUGAGCUACGCGCGGCCUCUCUAGCCUCUUCAACUCCCAUGAGAUUCCGACCGUUGAGACCCAAUGCGUUUCCCUCCUCCCUCACAUCCCUCUCUCCCCCUCUCACGUCCCCCACAAUCUCCCCCAAACGCUUUCUCCUCCUCCUCCGCCGCCGCAGCGCCACCACCGAAGCUCCCGACCAUGCGCUCGUCGACGCCGCGAUGGUCAAAACGGGCUUCGACCUCCGCACCUACCGCGCGAACCACCUCCUGGACUCCCUCCUCCGCAGAGGCGAUUUCUCCCGCGCGCGCCAACUGUUCGACGAAAUGCCCCACAAGAACACCUUCACUGUGAACCGCAUGAUCUCCGGCUACGCCAGAGCCGGGGACCUCGACGAGGCGGUGCGCCUCUUCGCCCUCGCGCCCCACCGCAACGCAGUCACGUGGACCAUACUGAUCGGCGCGUGCUCUGCCGCCGAUCGGUCGCGAGAAGCGCUCUCCCUGUUUGUGGGGAUGACCCGUGAGGGAAUUCGGCCGGACCAUGUGGCGAUCACCGCCGCUCUCGGCGUCUGCGGCAGCGGCGGCGGCUCCGACGCAUCGAAUUGGGCCGAACAGAUUCAUACCCACGUUGUGAAAUCCGGUUUCGGAGCGAACCUUGUGGUGUGCAACACUUUGGUGGACUCCUACUGCAAGUGCGAGCUCCUCAGUGGGGCCCGGACGCUGUUUGAUGAAAUGCCCGAGAGGGACUCGGUCACUUAUAAUGCGAUCAUAAUGGGCUAUUCGAAAGAAGGGUCUUACUUUACGGCCUUGGAGCUGUUUAUCGAAAUGAGGGACUUAAUCUUAAAGCCCUCUCAGUUCACCUUUUCCGGCGUUUUGACCUCCGCGACCGGAUUAUGUGAUUUGGGUCUCGGGAAACAGAUUCACGGUCUCGUGGUUAAAGCGAACUUCGGAUGGAACGUGUUCGUAAACAAUUCUUUGUUGGAUUUCUACUCGAAAUGCCAUUGUUUAGGUGAUGCGGAAGCGCUGUUUGAUGAGAUGGCUGAGAGGGACAAUGUUUCUUAUAACGUCAUGAUCUCAGGAUACGCGUGGAAUGGUUGCGUCAGAGAGUUUCUGGAUCUCUUCAGAGAGAUGCAGUUAAUGGGUUUUGAUCGGAAGGCGUGCCCUUUCGCUAGCUUGUUGAGUGUCGCAGGAGCCGUUCCUAGUGUACAAAUGGGGAGGCAAAUUCAUGCUCAGGUUAUUAUAACUGAUUCCGCCUCUGAUGAUCUUGUGGGCAAUGCGCUUAUCGAUAUGUACUCGAAAUGUGGAAUGUUGGAUGUCGCGGAAAUGAUAUUUAUGAAAAAACAUGAUAAAAAUACCGUCUCUUGGACUUCAAUCAUCUCAGGAUAUAUUCAAAAUGGUUACUCCGAGGAAGCGCUAAAGUUAUUCUGUGAGAUGAGAAGAGCGGGGCUGAACCCUGAUAGGGCGACGUUUUCUACCAUCCUUAGAGCUUCAUCCGGCCUGGCAAUGGUCAGCGUUGGAAAACAGCUGCACUCUUACUUAAUAAGAUUUGGUUACUUGUCGAAUGUUUUUUCGGGAAGUGCACUUCUUGAUACGUAUGCAAAGUGUGGUUGCUUAGAUGAGAGCCAUAAAAUAUUCCAGGAAAUGCCUGAAAGAAACAUAGUUUCAUGGAAUGCCAUGGUUGCUGCCUAUGCGCAAAACGGGCUGGGGAAGAAGGCUAUUGAAAUAUUCGAAGAAAUGCUGCGAUCUGGUGUUGAACCUGAUUUAGUCACAUUUUUAAGUGUCCUCUCAGCAUGCAGUCACAGCGGCCUCGUAGAUGAAGGGUUGUGGUACUUUGAGCUGAUGACUCGGGAAUUUGGCUUAAACCCUACGAAAGACCACUAUGCUUGUGUUAUUGAUAUAUUAGGUCGUGUGGGUCGGUUCGAUGAAGUAGAGAAAUUGCUGAGUCAGAUCCCGUUUGAUUCUGAUCAGAUAAUUUGGAAUUCCAUUCUUAAUUCAUGUAGAAUUCACGGGCAUCAGGAAUUAGGGCAGCGGGCAGCUGAUAAGCUAUUUAGGAUGGAGCUCAAAGAUGCUGCUCCCUUUGUUAUAAUGUCGAACCUAUAUGCUAAAUCUGGCCAGUGGGAAGAAGCAGCGAAGGUGAAGAAGAUGAUGAGGGAUCGAGGGGUAAGGAAGGAGCCAGCAUAUAGUUGGGUCGAAAUAAAGGAAAAGGCAUAUACUUUCUCGUCGAACGAUCAGACAAAUUCAAGGAUAAGCGAGAUAAAGUCGCUCUUAAAAAAUUUAAGUGAAGAAAUGGAGAAGGAUGGUUAUAAGCCUGACAUUGGGUGUGCGGAUCAUUUAUUUGACGAGGAAGUGAAGGUGGAAUACUUGAAGCAGCACAGUGAAAGACUGGCGAUUGCCGUUGCUUUGACGAAUGCCGCAGAGGGACUGCCUUGCACAGUUUGCCGUCCAGCAAUCAAAGGAAAAUAUUUCAUGAAGUUGGAUAAAAUACCAGGUGCCUGCGGUUGAGGUUGCAGAGCUGAUCAAAACAACUUAGCACACUAUGAUCAUCCGGAGCAUGUAAGCUUCUAAUCAAUGAACUUAUUUCCCUUCCACAAGCAUGUAGGAGAAGAAAGUAUGAUAUCAUUUAUAAGUGCUCAUUCUAACAAUGUGCAAGGACCAGAGCCUUUUGCUUUGGUACCAUCUGGUCUGACAAUUGAGCUUUUUGAGGCAUAUUGACACAUGACUCUCGAUCGUGAUGUCUUCGCGCCUGUUUGGUGUCCAGCUAGAGCUUGUGCAAACUUGUUGAUGGAGUAGAGCUAUUCAAAGAAGCGUUACAAGCUUUUCAUUAAAAUCACUCCAACAACUUUCCUCUAUAGUAGAAGCAGAAGCUAUUUGUUCAGGCUUCUGCUUAUUAGAGCUGAGAGGCUCAUUUCAGUUUCCUGCCAAAUCAAGGGCUUCAGACUUUUUAUUUGACAAACAGCUGGUUGUUGCUUCUUUAGAUAAGAGGAGCUAUUUCAGAAGCCAAGUGAAACAGGCACUCGUUGGCGUAGAAACAAUACGUAAUUUAGAUGUCUUUUGCUUUGCAAUUCUUUUCCAUUUUUACUUGUUUAUUUUGCACUAUUUUACUUUAUGGAACCUGAACUCUGACGAAUUGCUUUCUCUUCAGGAUUUAUCAUGACAAAUUAUGUAUACUACAGGCAAAAGAUUCUAAGCGCCAAUGCUUAGAUGCAGUUUAGGCAUAUUAAUGAAGUGAUCCAAUAUGUACAGGUUACUAAUCCCUGUAAAUUUAAUAGGUUUGCGGGUAGAAUGGCAUGUCCACAUAACCCUGAAAUCUCGGACAGACUUUAAGCUGCUGAGAUAUUUACAAUAAGUUGAUUCUUGUAACGGUGUAUUUGGUUGAUCCCUUGAUUCUACUGCAGUUUAUGAUGAAUAUUUAUACUUUUCCAUAGCAAAGGCAACCGUCUAACGAGCGCAAGCAGUUUGACUCAAGAUCCACGUGUAAACGCCGCCAUCAAAUGUUUUACUUUUACUAUAUUACAGGUGCUUGCAGUUUGGAAUCUUGGUCUAUAAAUUGAAUUUUAUUUACAAGAAAGAAUAUGACUAUACAGUGUUGCACGUAAUCACUGAUGGCUCUAGUGCCUUUUCCUGGAAAUUCAAGAAUCGAUUCUUUGAUCAGAGAGUGAGGUUCAUCAUUGUUCGUGAAAAGGAAGAAUAAAAGUAAACAGGAAGAGUGCUGUUGUAUUUUUAUGCUUCUCAGUCUCUUUUUGUUUAUGCUGAAGCAAAAAAUCGUCUGCUUCGAAGUUGCAUUGGUUUGUGAUUUAAAUCAAGUGUAAAUACAUUGAUAGAACCUUCAACCUGGUAUUCUUACUGAUAUGGUUGAGAGAGAGCCUUUGGAUUUUUUCA